CCCGUUUUGUGCCGAAGUCGGAAAAGCCCAUCCAAUCCAAAAAAUCCAUAAAUACGCGUUAAAAAUAGACGGAGAAAUCUACCAAUUAUAAGUUACGUUUAAUAUCUGACUGCCAAUAAACGAGUUGGAAGGGGCGGGUUUCAUUUGACAGCACGGUGGGUGAUAUAGGCUAUUUCUGGUUAGGUCGAGAGCGCAGAGGUGAAUUCGUGCAGCGGCAUUUUGCGCUUUGAGUUUCUCCGCGUACGUUUGGCGGUAGUGAGUGUUUCUGUCUGGUGCCUUCGGGGAGACGGGAUGCUGAAGUGCAGAGCGCUGUGGCAGAAAUUGGCUCCGCUGGCCAGAGCCUCCUCAACUUUAUGUCGGCAUAAUGUGAAGAGAAAAGGGUUAAGGUGUGACAACAUGGUGACCGUAUUUCCAAAGGCCCAGAUGUCAUCAGGAGCCCCUGGGAGUGGAGGGGAUAACCUAAUGUAUAUUCUGUUUGUGGGAGCUGCUUGUCUUGGAGGAGGCAUUUAUACGUAUAGAUCAUUGUCCGAAGAUAAGAAAAGGUACCAGAAUAGACUUGCUGAAAUUAAUUCCAGAGAACAGAAAUUCCCAAAACAACCUUUAGUCACCCAGCAAACAGAAUCUACAGCUGAAUCUGUCCAGGAAACAUCUGAAGCAGGUCCCAAGCCUGCUUUACAAUCCGAGCCCAUUGCAGUGACAGAACAACCUCCCGUACCCUCAGUGGAGAGCAGUGAACAUGUUCCAGUUGCAGAAGUGACUACCACCGUGUCAGCUGAGCCUAUGUCCACAUCUGCAGCCGAGAGUGCUGCAGCCAUGGAAGCUCCAGUUGAUGCCCUGCCUGAAAUCCCUGCUCAUGCUCCCUACCUGCUAAUUGGUGGUGGUACAGCCUCUUUUGCUGCGGCCAGAUCCAUUCGGGCACGGGAUCCUGGUGCGAGGGUCCUAAUUGUUAGCGAUGAAUCAGAUCUGCCAUACAUGCGUCCACCUCUCUCCAAAGAGCUCUGGUUCUCUGAUGACCCUAAUGUGACAGACACACUUCGUUUUAAACAAUGGAAUGGAAAAGAGAGAAGCAUCUAUUUCCAGCCUCCAUCAUUUUAUGUCAGUCCUCAGGAGUUGCCAAGGGUGGAGAAUGGUGGAGUGGCAGUUCUGACUGGUAAAAAGGUAGUACACGUGGAUGUCAGGGGGAACAAAGUGCGCCUGAAUGACGAUUCUGAGAUCUCUUAUGACAAGUGCCUCGUUGCCACUGGUGGAACCCCAAGAAACUUACAGGUCAUUGAAAGGGCAGGGGAAGAGGUACAGAAGCGGACGACUCUGUUCAGAAAGAUUGAAGAUUUCAGGUCUUUAGAGAAAAUUUCCAGAGAAGUCAAAUCAGUCACAAUUAUUGGAGGUGGAUUCCUUGGGAGUGAACUGGCAUGCGCCAUGGGAAGAAGAUCAAAUGAGUCUAGUUUGGAAGUAAUACAGAUCUUCCCUGAGAAGGGUAACAUGGGUAAGGUGCUACCGGAGUAUCUGAGUAACUGGACUACUGAGAAAGUCACAAAAGAGGGGGUCAAUGUCAUGACUGAGGCAGUAGUGAAGAAUGUCAGUUACCAAGAUGGGAAAGUGGUGAUAAAACUGAAGGAUGGCCGUGUGGUAAAGACUGAUCACAUUGUGGCUGCAGUGGGACUGGAGCCCAAUGUUGAACUGGCAAAGUCUGCUGGACUAGAGGUGGACUCAGACUUUGGAGGAUACAGGGUCAAUGCAGAACUCCAGGCUCGCGCCAAUAUCUGGGUGGCUGGUGAUGCUGCCUGCUUCUAUGACAUCAGACUGGGCCGCAGGCGGGUAGAACAUCAUGACCAUGCAGUGGUCAGCGGCAGGCUGGCAGGGGAGAACAUGACUGGAGCCAACAAGCCAUAUUGGCACCAGUCUAUGUUUUGGAGUGAUCUUGGGCCUGAUGUUGGUUAUGAGGCCAUUGGGAUUGUGGACAGCAGCCUCCCAACUGUUGGUGUGUUUGCUAAAGCCACAGCUAAGGACACACCCAAAGCUGCUACUGAGCAAUCAGGAACUGGUAUUCGGUCCGAAAGUGAAACUGAAGCUGUUGCCAGCUCUGAGGUUACGCCUGUUGCCGCAGCUCCUCGUGAACCUCAGCAAGGGGAGGAGUAUGGCAAGGGAGUCAUUUUUUAUCUGCGAGACAAAGUGGUUGUGGGCAUCAUCCUGUGGAAUGUCUUCAAUAGAAUGCCCAUUGCCAGAAAGAUUAUUAAGGAUGGGGAGGAACAUGCUGAUCUAAAUGAAGUUGCCAAACUGUUCAACAUUCAUGAAGACUGAAACUGAAUCAGGGAAUAAUCAUGUUAAUAUUUAAGGCCUUGAACUUUCAUUGCCAUCCUUUCUUGCCCCUACUUCUGAAAGAAAGGAGAUAAUCUGGGCACAAAUCUAUUUUUCUGUACAUUUCACAUAACCCGAAUCAGUCCUUAUGUCUGUAAUAUGCAAUGGAUGCAUCACUGUUUCAGAUGUUCUUUUUAAAGUCUGUUAAUAUUGUUGAACAAGGGAAAAAAAAAAAAAAAAAAAAAUCUGAACAAUCCUGAAGGGGAGAGAAACUCUCCUGCUGAGCUGUACAUGUUUUGUGAUGAAGUUGGGGAAAUAAAAACACAAAACCCCAUUUGCCUUUUAUAAACCUAA